AUGAAACUCCUCUACCCAACCACACUCCGGUUCAACCCCGCGCUCAUCGCGGGCUUCCCAACACUCACACUGCACGCCUACGACGCCCGCGCCCCCACAAUCCCCGACGACCUCCUCGAUGCCCGCAUCCUCGUGACCUGGGCCAACAGCGCCGCCAACCUCUCCUUCGCCGCGAAAAACCUACCCCAGCUCCAAUGGAUCCAAUCCCUCGCCGCCGGGCCCAACGACGUGCUCUCCGCAGGCUUCGACACCGCCCGCGUCAAAGUGACCACCGGCUCGGGGCUGCACGACCGCACAGUAGCCGAGCACACCCUCGGCCUCCUCCUCACCGCCGCCCGGCGCUUCCACGAAAUGCGCGAUUCCCAAGUCCAGGGCCGCUGGCCGAUCCACCUCGGCGGGCCCCAACCGGACCGUGAACCGGGGACCUUCCGCACGUUGCGGGACGCUCGUGUGCUGGUAUGGGGGUUCGGCAACAUCGCCAAGGCUCUGACCCCGAGCCUUCAAGCGCUCGGCGCCGAAGUGCGCGGCGUGGCCCGGACCCCCGGCGUGCGCAACGGGGUGCAGAUCUUCAACGACGCUUCGCUUCCCGAGUUGCUUCCGCAGACCGAUGCGCUGGUCAUGAUCCUGCCCGGCGAUGCGUCCACGCGACACGCGCUGAAUAAGGAACGGUUGGCGCUGCUGCCGAAGCAUGCGUGGGUGGUGAAUGUGGGUCGGGGCUCGUCGGUGGAUGAGGACGCGCUGUUUGAGGCGCUAGAGAAGGAGGAGAUUGGGGGUGCGGCGUUGGAUGUGUUUGAUACGGAGCCCCUGCCGGAAGGGGAUAAGUUGUAUAAGGCGAAGAACUUGGUCCUGUCGCCGCAUGCUGCAGGGGGUCGGCCGCAGGGGGCGGAGGCGUUGAUUGUGGAUAAUCUGAGGCGGUUCUUUGCGGAGCAGCCGUUGCGGAACAAGAUUUAG